CGCCGCCGCCAACGCCCCGCCCGGGACCGCCCCAGACGGGGGGGGGAAGAGAAGAAGAAGCCGAAGCGGCGGAAGGAGAAGCGGAAGGCCGGGCAAACUAGGCCGCAACGAAGCCGGGGACUCGCGUAGCCGCCGCCGCCGCCGCCAUGAGCUAGCGCGCCCGCCCCGAUGUGGCUGCAGCAGCGGCUGAAGGGCCUGCCGGGGCUGCUGUCCAGCAGCUGGGCGCGGCGCCUGCUGGCCCUGCUGGCUUUCCUGCUGGCCGCCUCCUGGUACUUGGGAGGCGCCUGGCCUGGCCUCCUGCUCCGCCUGAGGCCCGGGGGAGCCUCGGGAGGAGCUGCGGGGCUUUGCCUGCAGGCCGAAACCCGGGCUUGGAGGAAAGGAGAAGCCCGGCUGCUGGGGGAAGGCCCUGGCCAGGGUCCCCCGGGGCUGGUGGGCAACGGGCACCUGCUGCUGGAUGCCCAGGCCAACCGCCUUUGGGUGGCCCCCAAGGGGGGCCCGGCUUGGCCCACCGACUACGGACCCUUGGCCCAGCUGCGGGGUCCAGCCGGGGCCGAGAACGAGGCGUCGGCGUCCGCUUUGCUGCCCAAGGAAGGAACCUGGCGGAAAGUCCGUUGCAUCCAGUCCGGGAUUUCCGCCGGGUCAUGCGUGACCGUCCGAGAGGAGCUGCUGGCCCACCGUGGACGUCCCCACCUCUACUUGCAACGCUUGUCAGUGGACAACCCCACCGACCGUCUGGUGGCAUUAGAAGUGACCGGUCCGGCUUCAUCGUCGUCGUCGUCCUCUUCUUCUUCUUUCUCCGGCCGUUCUUUCGCCACCAGUUUAGAGAAAGCGGGCGACCGUCAGUUCUUCCUGUCAUCGGGCCGGGCAUUGCAACCUGCCGGAGAGAAGUUGGUGUUGGUCGUGGUAGCGGCUAAGAAGCUGGUCAGCCGGGUGCAGGUGGCACCCAAGUCACGCUUCGAGGAGACGUUGGUGUCGGUGGUGCUGAGCUCGGAGCCCAUCGAGGCCGCCCAGCUGGACGAGACCUUCGGGCGUCUGCGGGAAGCGGCCAAGAGGGAGAUGAUGGAGGUGCUGCCCUUGCGGACCGAGGAGCUGGUCCAGGAACACCGGCGGGCGUGGGACGAACUCUUCAUCUCAGGUGUGGAAAUGCGCAAGAUCACCGACGCUCACACCCCCUCCAGCGACACCGUCAAUCUGACGCUCUACUUCGUCCUGUCCACCACCCCGGCUCCCCUCCUGGACCCCCACCACAGCCCCGAAGAGAAGGAGAAAAUGGAAGCCACUCUGAACUAUGCCGACCACUGCUUCAGCGGCCACGCCACCAUGCACGCCGAGAACCUGUGGCCCGGGCAGCUGUCGACCGUCCUCCAGGUCUUGCAGCUUUCCAACCUGUGGAAGCUGACGUUGCAGAAACGCGGUUGCAAAGGGCUGGUGGCCGCCGGGGCCCACGGCCUCAUGCAAGGGAUGGUGCUCAGCUUCGGCGGGCUGCAGUUCACCGAAAACCACCUGCAGUUCCAAUCCGACCCGGAAGUCCUUCAGAACAGCUACGCCUUGCGGGGGAUCCAUUACAACAAGGACCUGAUCAACCUCGCGGUGUUGCUGGACGCCGACGGCAAGCCCUUCCUGCACGUCUCCGUCAAGUUCCAGGACAAGCCGGUGAAGCUGUACGCCUGCGAGGGCGGCUGCUCCAACGACCCCGUGGAGCUGACCUCCCAGGUGCACGGCCACACCUUCCCCGUCAUGGUGACCCAGCCCAUCACGCCUCUGCUGUACAUCUCCACCGAUCUGGUGCACCUGCAGGACCUCCGCCACACCCUUCACCUCAAGGCCAUCUUGGCUCACGAAGAGCACAUGGCCAAGCGGUACCCGGGCCUCCCCUUCCUCUUCUGGUUCAGCGUGGCCUCUCUCAUCACCCUCUUCCAUCUCUUCCUCUUCAAGCUCAUUUACAACGAGUACUGCGGGCCCGGGGCCAAACCUCUCUUCCGGAGCAAGGUCUAGGGACGGCUGAAGUAGGGCCCCAGCUUCCUGGGAUGGAGGAGUGGGGGGCUCGGUUUCUUCUCCCUGACAUCAGCCCUGGACACCGGGGAGACCUGUAGGAGCCGAGAGCAUCUUCGGAAGAAGGCAGCCUUUCUGCAUUGUGUGUAUGUGUGUGUGUGUUUGCACACCUGUGGGCCCCCGUCUCUACUUAACAUGUUUGCCUUUAUGGAAGAUGGAGCUCUCGAAGGAGGGAGUGUUGUGGGGUACGGGGGAGAGACUGACGAAGAGGCGGGUUUAAAAAUAAAGGUUCUUCUCCCAAAUGA